AUGGGAACCGAGACAUCACGCCGUGCUCCAAAAAGAAAGAGACGGGUUUCACCUAUACAAGAAGAAGAAGAGUUUGUUGAGGAGGAGUCAGAAGAAGAUGAGGAAAUGGAAGCAGCGCCAGAUGUUGGAGAUGACGAGGACACAGAUGCGGAUGAAUCAGAGGAGGAGGACAGAGAGGAGGAUGACAAAGAAGAAGAUAAGCUGUUCUUAUCAAGUGAGGCUGAAAAGAAUCAAGUUGACAUGGAGGAAGCAGGAAAGGGUCUUGACUGGGUUCAUUCAAAGAAAAAAUACAAGAAAUAUUUGAAGCAUCUUCCAGAUAUAAGCUCCAGCAAGAGCAAGGCAGCAUCCGUGGCAAACCCUCACGUGGUCCAGAAGCGCAAGGCAGUUUCAAUGAAGAAGAAUCUAGAGUUGCCUCAAACCAAGGAGAAGAUGGUGAGGGAAGAUGCUGAAAUAAAUGUGGUCAAGGAAGCUGUGGUUCCAACUGAUAUGCCAACUGUAGUGAGCAGAGAGCCAACCACCACUCAAGAUGUGACAACAAUGCAUGUUGAGCCCACAAUCAUCACAGGAGUUCAACAGAUCAAGGGGAAGACUCCUCUUUCAGCAGUCCCACCUAAACCAGCUAAGCAACAAAAGAUUGUCAAGUUUGCCAAGGGCACAAAGGGGGAACAUGGCACAAAAGAUACUAGUGUACCAACUGAAGUGUCAAUUAGCAGCGUGGUCACAAUCAAAACCACCACUGCUGCUCAGCAAGGCACAACUUCAACUGCAAGCCCCAAGGAGUUAGUUGAUUCCAUGAAGCCAGUUCAAUGGCUUUCAAGAAUUGUUAUCGAGACUGGAAUCAUACACAUCAGUGAUAACUUACCAGAACGGUCAAAGAAGGUUGUUAUGCCACUGAGGUUUUCUAUCAAUGUACAACAAGGGAUCCACAAUGUGAAUGAGAUAAACAAGAGGUUUGAAUACAAGAACCAUCUCGACAAGCAAGACUUGGCUUCUUGCAGUGGCGAUUAG